CUCCGACCUUCCUAACAGCACUAAGGUUCGACCUUCAAUUUGCUACCAACGAUCCAUUGAAGCGUUGCUUAAGAUUACUCGAUAUCAGUUUUAUGGGUUUGGUGUUACUCGGAAAUGUACUGUAGAAGUAUGCGUCCUGUGAGUCGUUCUGUACACAUAAGUGGCAACGUAGUUGGUAUGGGGUUAUUAAGAUCUAAAGGGAUGGUUAUACUGGCUGGUAACUCUCACCCUGAGUUAGUUAAGGCUGUUUGUCACCAUCUUGACGUUCGUCCUGGGAACUGUUCAGUAUUUUUCCGAUCAAGUCGCGAGACGGAUGUUGAGAUUAAAGAAACUGUCAGGGGCCGAGAUGUCUAUAUUAUACAAUCAGGAACUAAGGAUGUCAACAAUGACAUUAUGGAGCUAUUGAUUAUUGCUCAUGCAUGCAGAUCAGCUUGCGCUCGUAAAGUCAUUGCAGUAGUACCGUACUUACCUUACUCAACACAGAGCAAAAGAAGAAAGCGUGGCCCUAUCACCAGUAAACUUGUAGCUAAAAUGCUCUGCGCUUCAGGAAUCAACCAUUUGAUCACUUUGGACCUUCAUUCAAAAGAGAUUCAGGGGUUUUUCGAUGUUCCGAUUGACAAUUUACGUGCUUCUCCGUUUUUGACAAAGUACAUUGAAACAUACAUAACUGAUUAUCGAAACGCAGUUAUUGUUGCUCGAAAUCCCGGAGUAGUACCUCGAGCUAGCAGUUAUGCUGAACGUUUGAGGUUACCAUUAGUUGUUAUUCAUGGCGAAGAAAGAGAUGAAAGUGACAAUACUGACGGUCGCAAUUCCCCACCUUUGGAUCAAAGUAUUGUGGAAAAAAGAUGUACACAAAUUGGCCUUGAACUUUUACCUAUGAUGAUACCUAAAGCUAAACCACCUUUAACCUUGGUUGGAGAUGUGAAUUCAAGAAUCGCUAUUAUAAUUGACGACAUUAUAGAUGAUGUAUCAAAGUUUGUUACUGCUGCUGAGCUACUGCAUGAACGAGGUGCAUAUAAAACCAGUUCUAGAUUACUCUUAACAAAACGACGGUUUAUCAGGCAUUUAAAUUUCGACUUUUGGUGUUUAUUGGUUAGAUCAAUCAUUCUGUCAGAAUCAACGUAGGAUCGAACACAAAUGUACCUAAGGCCAAGUUACCAUUCUACGUCAGCACGACGAGAUGAAAUAAACAAGAUUAAUACCAAUGGUGUAGAAAUAAUUGUAUUCUCAGCGGUAGUGAGGAAGACUUACCACUGAAAAUAUAGUUCGAAGAGAGUGGAAAGAUGCUUAUGAGGAAGCACUUGGAUUCUAGACCUAAUGGAAGAGUGGAUGUAUCGGUUGUACUGUUAUCGACUCCAAACAAUGUCACUCAGGAUUUCAAACUAUUUAUCUCUGUUAUCGCAAAAACCUUCAACUAGGUGGGUUGAAUCUUAAAAUAUAUAGCUCAGACUAAUACUUAUUUCAUGGAAUUACGCUUAUUCGUAUAUGGUCUAUUGUACCUCGAGGCAGGCGAUAGCUAUGCAUAUGCAAAACAUAUUCCAACUACCCCAGUUAAUGAGGAUUCACAACCCUAUGUUUAGCCUCAGUAUUGCGUAAUCGCUCUAACCACUAUACUGGAGCAAAAGUCCGAAAAUGCCUGUGACAAAAAAUCACUAUAUAGAUGUCGUCUUUCAUGUGCCAUGCUUUACCUCCAUCAAACAAUACAAAGCGGACUCCUGCACAUUAUAUUCAAGUAACAAAUUAAUUUCACAGCAGUUAUCAGAAAACAAAUUGGUAAUUUUUUGGCAUUAUGGACAGGUCAUACGUGUUUUUGAUCUGGCACUUUUGGUAGAUCGGUUGAUAAAAUUGUUAGCAUUCAUCGACCUAGAUGAUCCGUAUGUAAUACGUAUGCCUAACCACUACCUAUCCUCUUGAGCUAUCCUGGUUCUCUAGAUGCUAAAAAUCAGUCGAAACUCUGUGUGAAAUAACUGUCUUCUCCAUUUAUUUCAUGAAAUUGCGAAGGUUCUUGACAAAUUAGACUGAGGAAUUUAUGAACAAGGCACUCUCUUGUUUUUCCUCCUCUGUGUAGUUCAACUGGAGAAUGUUUAUUUUCUAAAAUUAUUUUAUUGUCAUUUGUAGAUAUUUGUUAUUGCAACUCAUGGUCUGCUCAGUUUAGAUGCACCACGUCUAUUGGAAGAAAGUCGUAUAGAUGAAGUAGUUGUAACUAACACAGUACCACAUGAAGUACAAAAAAUGCAGUGUCACAAAAUUCGUACCGUUGAUAUAAGUCCAUUAUUGGCAGAAGCUAUCAGACGUAUUUAUAAUGAUGAAUCUAUGUCUUAUCUUUUUAUGAAUGUACCUAAAGACGAUUAAAUCUCUUCUUUUCUUUUCAUAUUUGUUGUGAAAAAGACAAUCUUAAAUUAUUUAUCAUUUAAAUACUAAUUAGUUUAAGUUGUAAAAUAAUAGAAUUAAUACUCUAAUUCAUUUACUUAUAGUCGUAUUUACAAUCAAUUCUUUCCUGCCAUUAAUUAAAUAAUUCCUGUACUCUUAGUCAAGUUUUCGUUUUCCUCACCUGAAAAUUGUACAUAUUUAGCACACGUUAUGCUGAGUAUUGGUGAUCUAGCUCAACACUAAAAUUGUACUGGUUGUGUUGUUUCGCAAAAGCUUUUUCUCUCAGUCCUAACGUGAUAGUUCGCUUAUGCUGUCCUAUGAAUAAAGUUGGCAUUCUAAACAUCGUGUUUUUUCUUGGUUAUAUUUUAUGUACAACAACGACUUCUGACUCGCUAAUAAAUUGUUAUCAAGAAGUGGA